AUGAAAAGAAAUAGUGAUAAUAUAUUUUAUAGAGAAAUUUGGGGUAAUAUUUAUAUAAGAAAUAAUAUUAUUUCGUUUUUAAAAUUAAAAGGGACCCAAGAUUUAUUACCAAAAUAUAGGGGUAAAAGAUAUACAUUAUCUAAAGAUAUUUCAAAACGAGAAAAUGAAAAUAAGAGAUAUAAUUACUAUGGAAGAAAAGAUGUUGAUAAAUUAGCCAUUUAUAAUAAAGAACUUUUAAGAGAUAAAAUAAAAAAUCGAGAAAAAAAUUUAUUAUUUGCAAAGAAUCCAGGUAUAGUAAUUUUCAAUUACUUUAAGGAUAAAACUAUUGAUAAAGAAUUUUAUAAUAAUCUUUUUAAAAAUUAUUCAAUUUAUUUCACUGAGAAACCAUUAACAUUGAAGAUGACAAUUGAUUCAAUAAUUAUUAUGGAUUGUUUAGUUGCUUUACUAGAAAUAGAAUUUAAUUAUUAUCAUCAAUUGAUGAAUAAAGAUAAUACAAGGGAAGAUAGAGGUAAUGAUGAUUAUGAUGAUGAUGAUGUUGAUAAGAAUGAAAAUUAUAAAAAUAAAGUUAUUUUUAAUUUUGAUCAUUAUCUAUUAUCAAUUAAAUAUGGUUCAGUUGAAAUAUCAAACUAUUUAUCAAACAAAUUCAAAUUCAAAUUAAUUUAUCAAGAUGUUUUAACAAUAGUUUCAGAACAUUUUGUUUUAUGUCCUUAUUCACCAAUUUCAGAACCAAUAUUUCGUGAAAUUGGUUUUCAAAAUAAAUCAUAUGGAUACAAAUUUUUUUUUCCAGAUUUAGUUAUUUCUUUCUAUAAAAUCAAAUCCCUUAAACUUUUAUCAAACUUAGUUAUAGAACAAAACAUAUCAAAUAUAUACAAUCAAAGACCACCAACAUCAGUUAUUCCAACUUUUGAUUGUUCAAUUGAGAUGAAGCCACUUCAAUUCUUUUUAGAUGUUUGUUAUUUAAUUUAUUUUAUUUCAACCAUUAUCGAGGUAAAAGAGUUUUAUUCAUUUGAUACUACAAAUGAAGAAAAUGAUAAAUUUAGCAUUUUAUCUAAAAAUGAAUUAAAUGAAAUUUCAAAAAAAUUCAAUGAACAGGAUUUAAAAACUCAAUUUGAAGAUUUUGAAAUAAAUAGAAAAGAUAUCAAAAAUAUGGUACAGUUAGUUAUUGAAUUUAGUAGACAUGGUAAAAGUAAAAAUUUAACUCUUUACAAAGCAAAAUAUAAUAAUGACUUUAAAGAUGUGGAUAAAAGGUAUUUAAAUGAUUUAGCUUUGAAUUGUGGUUCAUAUAAACUCUUCGUUUCAAAUAAUUGGCCAGCUUCACCCAAUAUCCAUCAUCAAACUAUUAAUUUAUUUAAAUUUUGUAAAAGUAAUUCAACUAUUAAAAAAGAAUUUGUUCAACUUUUUAUCAAUGAUAUCACUCAUAGUUAUGAUAAUAAUAAUAAUAUUAAUUAUAAUAAUAAUAAACAACCAUCAUUAUUACCAUUUGCUCAAGGUAAUUCUUUAAAAGGUCUAGGUAUUAAAGUUAUAUUUGAAACUCUAAUUUCAUAUGGUGACAUAGAGUUAUUAAAAAUGAUAGUUCACUCAAUCAAUAUUGGCCCUAUUUACAAAGAAUUUUUAAAUAUUUGUGGCAAUGCUUUAGUUUUCAUUCAAGAUACAAACGUUUUUGAUUUACUUUAUCAAUGUGAACAAUUAAAAGAAACAUUUAAUUUUGUAAAUUUAUUGAAGAACUCAAAAAGUUCAAUUAAAAAAACUUAUGACACUACAAAUAUUUUAAAUCAUUUUAAACUAAAAUACCCAAAUGACUAUUAUCAAUGUUGUCAUCAUCUACCUACACCCAUUGAAAAGAAUGUAGGUUUUUGGUUUUCAAAAUUUGUAAUUAAUAAUCUACAAGAUUUUAAAAAUUUCAUCCCAUUAAAUUAUUGGGGAAUUCAAUUUGAAAAAGAAGGUUUUUCAAAUUUAAGAGAGGAUAAAUUGAUUACACUUGAUAGAUUUUUAAAAAUUUUAGAAAUUAAACUAAAUGAUCAGCAAUAUUCAUACAAAGAUAACUUGGAAUUUUUAGCAUGGAUUUUUGAAAAUAGAAAAGAAGAUAUCGAUUCUGGUAAACUUAUUAUAUCAGACAAUUUAAUAUUAUUGGAAUACUAUUAUUACAGUGAUCAACUAUCACUAUUAUUAUAUAAUCCAAUUAUUGCUUUUUCAGAAAAUAUGUUGAUAAAAUUAUUUACAUUUAAUGGUUUCAAUAUAAUCAAGAGUGUGGUAAAGUAUCAUGAUAUUGAAGGUUUAAAAUUUAUAAUAAAUUUUUUAUUCAAUAUUUUUCAAGAACAUUCCUCAGAAAAAAAUAUUUUAAAUUUUAAAUCAUUAUUGAUUGGUUAUAUUAUAAAAUAUAAUGAUUUGGAAGCUUUGAAAUUUAUUAAUGAAAAUUAUAAAACAUUCUUUUCAAAUUUAGAAUCUUACCCAAAUAACAUUUCAUUACUAUUAACAAGGAAUGGAACUAUUGAAGUAAUCAAUUAUAUCCUUAAAGAAAUUAAUUUUAAAAAAAAUAUAAUAGAUAUUACUAAUUUAUUUCAUUGGUUUGAUGAAAAAUAA